AUGCGUCGGCGCCGACAACUCUCCUCGACGUCGUCCAAGUCGCCGUACUCUUCCUCAAAGCCGGACAGAAGAAGUAACGACGACGAGAAUAAGAGGCGAUCAUCGAAUGACUUUUCCUCCCCGGAAAAAAAGACCAACAAGCACGUUUCCUUCUGUAACAAAUCCACGGUGGUUGUCUUUGCAGAAGAAGAAGACCAAGAAGAGAAAAAGAAUACCGCGACGACGAAUAAUAAUGAUUCCAACAACUUUGAGCGCGGUGGUCCUCCGGUGGUGUUGAAAUUCACGUACCAAGAGGAAAAACUGAUGGACGCGCCGUCGAAAAUCCGUUUGGAAACGAGCAACGAGUUGAGACAUCAGCGAGCGAAGUUGAAGGAGAAGUUGUCGCACGUGGAGGAGCAGUUCGAUAACGCGAAGCGAAGCAUGGCGGAAGGAGAGUUUCGCGAGUGCGCGUCGAUAUUGGAGAACGUGGUCGUUCGAGAGCUGGCGGAGAGGAUAAACGCGAGGCAGUUUCAGAUGAACUUGGAGAAGUUACGGUUUCAGAGGCACAGGCGGUUGGCGAUAUUGGAGGAGCAGACGAGAGUCGGCGGAGGGAAAUUGAAGAGGAAGCCGAUGGGUCUCGGGGUUGGAGGGAGGUCGGAAAACCAUCAUCAAGAAUUUCUCGAUGCAGAGACGAUGAUGACGACGAAGACGACGACGACAACUACAACAAUGGAUAUUAGCACGGAGAUUGGAGAGGAUGAUUCUGUUUCUGGAAAGAAAAGUUACGGAGGAAUAACCAACCACCAAGCCACCACCGAAAAGGCUUUGAGAAGACGAAGCGGCGAGAGCUCGGCGAGUGAAGCGAGUACGUUGCAAAUGCAAUUGGGGAUCAAUAAUACGAAUAAUAGCAGUGAUAGUAUGCGCGAUAUUAAGAGCGACGACGAAUUGCUGCCAUCGCCCAAGGGGCAAAAGUAUAUCAACAACGCGUCUGUAAUGAUGGACGGGAGUACCAGAAGUAGUCCGAGCGCGUCGACGGACAGUUUCGUCGAUAUCAAUCGGGUCACGCAAAGUAACGCGCAACAUGCGUCCUCAGAACUCACCGACACCCAGGAGAAAAACAUGAACUUUAAAGUGUCUCCAGCGCCUCCCGCUCGAGAAUUAAAGACGCCGCAAGAAUUGACGAUGAUUGAAAGCGCGUUGGAGAUGUGCGCCAAAGCGUACGAAAACAUGGGAAACAAGUGGGCGGCUGAGCAGAAACUGAACGAAGCGGCGAAAAUUAGAGAAAUCAUAUCACGGUGCGAUCCGACGACAGAUACCGUCGCGGCCGUCGCGUCGCCGUUGCAAAAUUUUUGUCCUAUCGAACCGACGUCGAUGAAUUCCACCUUGACGCAUCAGACGAAGCUGUUUGAAACGAGGAUGAAACAAUUGUUUUCGUCUUCGGUUUCGUCCGCCGCGGCUGCCGCUGCCGCCGCCGCAGCGGCCUCCGAAAUACAGAGUUAA